AAAUUAGGGAAUUCGAUGAUUUGUGUUGGUGAAUCUGAGUGUCAAUUUAGAUUAAUGUCAAAAGCCCUGGUAACCUCAAAAUCCCCAAAGUCCGCUUGUUUCGUUGCAAAUUUUGCAUUUUUUACUCGUUUAGAUACGAUUACCACACGCAAAUACAUCACCAGCAAUGCUAAUUAUAAAACCGUAAACGUUGUGAACGAAUAUUAUGACCCGGAAGGCGAUAAAACAAAUUUUAAGUACAUAACCAUCAUGUUAAAGGAAAAGGGUCAAAUAAAAUUUGAAGAUAAAUGGCCUUAUAUGCGGCCGAUAGUUUUAAAACUAUUACGUCAAGAUCCGGUUUCACAACCAGAAUGGCAACAGCUUUUUUACGAUGUUCACUUGGUGUGUUUGUGGGACGAAAAAGGACCGAUAAAAUUGCGGGAUCACCUCCAAGAGGAUAUCGUUCAAUUUAUAAAACAAGCCCAAAUACGGGUUUUAUCACAUAAAGAAGAACAAGCUCUUUUAAAGGCUUAUAUCGCUGAAUGGCGUAAAUUUUUUACACAGUGUAAUUAUUUACCGACUCCGUUUAGACAAUUAGAAACCAGUUUGCAAGGAAAACAAACAACGGGAACGACAAACGUUCAAAAUAACACCAAGAAAUGUGAAGAAAGCAUCGUUAGGAAAUUAAUGUUAGACUCCUGGAACGAAAGUAUUUUUAUGGAUAUCAAACGAACGUUACAAGAAAGCGCUAUGAAGCUAGUUCAUGCUGAAAGAAACGGGGAAGCAUUCGAUUCUCAAUUAGUUAUAGGAGUACGAGAAUCUUACGUAAAUUUAUGUUCAAAUGUGGAUGAUAAAAUGCAAAUUUAUCGUGAAAAUUUCGAAGGCGCGUACAUUCAAAGCACAGAAAUGUUUUACAAAUUAAAAGCACCGGAAUAUUUAGCAGACAAUGGGGUACAAGCCUACAUGCGCUACGCUGAUAGUAAAUUAAAAGAGGAAGAAAUCCGUGCUCAAAAAUAUCUCGAAAUUGGAAGCAUUGGGGUUAUUCAAUGUUGCGUUAAUGUUUUAGUUGGAAACGCUUUGCCGUUACUUUUAGCAGAGUGCACGCCUUUAAUAAAAGCAGGUGAAACAACUCGGUUGCAAUUGAUGUUUCGAUUAUUAGAAAGAGUUCCCGAAGGUGUUCAACCGAUGCUCGGUGAAUUAGAAUCACAUAUAACUCAAGCUGGUUUAGCAGAUAUGGUUGCAGCGGCUGAUAUAAUAACCCAAGAUUCUGAAAAAUACGUCGAGAGGUUAUUAGAUUUAUUUCGAAAGUUUAGUACGUUGGUACAUGAAGCUUUCGAUGAUGAUCCAAGAUUUUUAACGGCACGCGACAAAGCAUUUAAAGCGGUCGUUAAUGAUACAACCGUCUUUAAAUUAGAAUUAAACACAAAUCGAAAUGUAACAUCGAAAUGUUCCCCUGAAAGUAAAUGUCCCGAGUUAUUAGCAAAUUAUUGCGACAUGCUUUUAAGACGUACUCCUUUAUCAAAACGACUGACAACCGAUGAAAUUGAAUCAAGAUUAAAAGAUGUACUUUUAGUUUUAAAAUAUGUAUCGAAUAAGGACGUGUUUAUGCGGUAUCAUAAGGCUCAUUUAACGAGGAGAUUAAUUUUAGACGCAAGCGCCGAUAGUGAAAAAGAAGAAGAUAUGGUCGAGUGGUUGCGCGAAGUUGGAAUGCCCGCUGAUUAUGUUAAUAAAUUAGCGAGGAUGUUUCAAGAUAUUAAAGUCAGCGAAGAUUUGAAUACGCAAUUUAAAACUUCAACAGCGCGACACGAUGCUAUUAAUAUAAAAAUAUUAAAUGCCGGCGCUUGGGCGAGAGGUUCCGAAAGAGUCACAGUUAGUCUUCCUGUCGAACUCGAAGAUUAUAUCCCUGAAGUAGAAGAAUUUUACAAAAAAAAACAUUCAGGACGAAAACUUCAAUGGUACCACCAUAUGAGUAACGGCACGAUAACAUUCGCAAAUGAAGUUGGUAAAUUCGAUUUGGAUGUAACAACGUUUCAAAUGGCGGUUUUAUUCGCUUGGAAUCAACGUCCAAAUGAAAGAGUUAGUUAUGAAAAUUUACGUUUAGCUACAGAACUUCCAGACCCGGAAUUACGAAGAACCUUGUGGUCUUUAGUGGCCUUCCCCAAAUUAAAAAGACAAUUAUUGUGUUAUUCCCCGAUCGUUUCGCAAGCUAAAGAUUUUGCCGAACACACCUUGUUUUGGAUCAACCAAGAAUUUUCAUUGGUUAAAAACGGGAAGCCGCAAAAACGCGGAAAAGUGAACCUAAUCGGACGAUUACAAUUAAGCACGGAACGGUCGCAACUUGAAGAUAAUCAUUCGAUAGUUCAAUUAAGAAUACUCAGGACUCAAGAGGCGAUUAUUAAAAUUUUAAAAAUGCGUAAGAGGAUCACCAACGCCGCGCUUCAAGCGGAACUUGUUGAUAUACUGAAAAAUAUGUUCUUGCCAUCGAAAAAAAUGAUUAAAGAACAACUCGAAUGGCUAAUCGAACAUAAAUAUAUGCGAAGGGAUGAUGACGACAUAAAUACGUUUAUUUAUAUGGCGUAAAAAGUCCGUUAUUAUUAUUAUUUUAAUAAGUCCUAUUUUUUUUUUCUUUUCGUAUUUUCUAUUAUACUUAUGUAUUUUUCUGUUCUUUCUUAUACAACUUUAAAAUUGAAAUGUAAUAAAAGUUUUAAAAAAUA